CACCUUUGCAAUAACUCCAAUGAGGGGGUCAUUCUGUGUUCAGUCUUCAAAAGGCAGUCGACAAGAGCGAGUGGAGGAACGUGCCUGACUCUUCUGCAAUAAUGAGGAUUGGAAUUGUGGGAUAUGGCCAUUUAGGGCAGUUCCUGGUGGAGAAGAUCACAACAGCAGGUGCCAGACAGGGCGUGACGUUGGCCUUCGUGUGGAACAGAAACCCAGACAAGCUCAGAGGCUCGGUGCCUGAAGAACUGAUUCUUUACGACCUGUCAGACUUUAAAGAGAGAGGCGUGGAUGUGGUCGUAGAGGUGUGUCAUCCCAGAAUAGUCAAAGAAUUUGGAGUCCUUUUUCUCAGUCAUACAAACUUUUUGGUAGGGUCCCCGUCUGCCCUCUCAGACCAGCACCUGAACACAUGCCUGCGCCAGGCAGCACAGGAACACGGGAGGACUCUCUACAUCCCCACUGGUGCAUUGUGGGGAGGCCAGGACAUCCAGAGGCUGGAUGAUAGUGGAGCAUUGAAGGCACUGUUCAUCCGGAUGUCUAAACAUCCAUCUUGUUUCCGUUUGACUGGAGAUGUGCUCUCAGACUGGACCAGCAAUGAAGGGAAGCGGGUUUUAUUCAGUGGUUCGGUGGCUGAAUUAUGUCCUGUUGCCCCUAACAACGUAAACACAAUGGCAGCAGCGGCGAUUGCUGCAGGAACGCUGGGCUUCGAUGGCGUACGAGGAGAAAUCGUUUCUGACACAGCGUUAAGUGACUAUCAUGUGGUAGAAGUGGAGGUGAUCGGUUUGAAUGGUUUCUCUGUGCACACUGUAAGGAAAAACCCAGCCAAACUGGGUGCUGUUACUGGGACUGCGACUUUUAACUCUUUCUGGAGCAGUUUACUGGUCUGCAAGGGGCACGGAGGUCGAGUUUACCUGUGCUGAAGAAGGUUGGACAGACCUCUGCAGACACACACACAUCCUCUCAGGCCAGGGUUCAGGCCUCAGGAAUGUUUGUGAUAAGUCAGGUGUGUGUGGCGUAAACACACACUCAUUUGGAAAUAUAGUAUGAAUUGUCAAAGUGACCCCCCCCCCCCACCCCCCCAAAAAUAAUAAUAAACCAAACCACUUAGCG